CUGUCCCACGUUGUUACUUUGCAAGUUGCAUCUCUCUCUCUCUCUCGCUCUCUCUCUCUCUCUAGCACAACCGUUUUUUGUUCACCGGAAAUUCGACUGAUCGUGCUCUCCGCCGAUCCCGCCGCCAUGAGUUCCGGCGAACUUCUCCAGAUAUACCCUCAGGAGCUGCAAUUUCCCUUUGAAUUGAGGAAGCAGAUCUCAUGCUCUUUGCAGUUGUCUAAUAAGUCAGAUAAUUAUGUUGCUUUCAAGGUUAAGACUACAAAUCCUAAGAAGUAUUGUGUUAGGCCUAACACUGGAGUUGUGUUGCCUAGGUCUACUUGUGAUAUUAUAGUUACGAUGCAAGCGCAAAAAGAGUCACCUCCUGACAUGCAAUGCAAAGAUAAGUUUCUCCUUCAAAGCGUAGUUGCAAGCCCUGGAGCAACCACAAAAGAUAUCACUCCAGAAAUGUUUAAUAAAGAGUCCGGCUAUGAGGUUGAAGAGGUCAAAUUGAGAGUUGUUUAUGUUGCUCCUCCUCAACCACCAUCCCCAGUUCGAGAAGGAUCUGAUGAAGAUUCGUCUCCUCGAACAUCUGUAUCAGAAAAUGGGCAUUCAAGUGCUGUGGAAUUUCAGGCUUCGAAGGCGUUCAAUGAACGGGUAGAACAGCAGGAUACCUCAUUUCAGGGAAGAACCCUUAUUUCAAAGGUAACUGAGGAGAGGAAUUCUGUUAUUGAGCAAAAUAAAAGGCUUCAACAAGAACUGGAGCUUUUGAGGCGUGAAGCGAACAAAAGCCACGGCGGUAUACCCUUUAUCUAUGUAGUUAUUGUUGGCUUGGUCGGCAUCCUUUUGGGUUUCCUAUUGAAGAGGACAUGACAUGUGAUUGCAAGAUUGGCCAAAAAUGAUCAAUUUGUAGAAAGCAAUGAGAAGAAAAAUGUGUGAAAACCAAUUAUUGUCGUGUUGUUGUCUUGUAUUGCUCUUAGAAAUUUGAAAUGUGUGAUGAGAAAAUAGGUACCUCUUACUAUCAUCAGAAUAGCAAUCAUAGAGACAGUAGACAAGGUUGGUGAAAUCUAUAUCAUGGGAAUAUGUUGUUAUUUGAUGUGGCACAUGUGAUUAUAUUUCUCACAUUGCUCCACUUGGUGUUGCUGGUUGUCCUAAUGCAUAGUUGUCUUGAUGCAUAGUUAUUGACACUAAGAAAGUGACUUUCUCUAUGAUAAUAAUAAUAUAUACACUAAUUUAAAGUUAUAAAUA